AUGAUUGGGAAGAAGCCAGAACAAGAAGGCAACAAGGCAAAACCUCCACAAAAACACCACGGUGCGAAUGAUGAUGACAACACAGCCUCAGAUUCGGAACGAGAGGAGCGGGGCAAAAGUUCUUCACCGGCACCUCCACCGGCUGAAUCGUCACAGAGGCGGAGAAUAGGAGCAAUCGGACGAAUCGGCGGGAUAGGCGGGAUAGGCGGGCAGGCUUCCGCCCAACCCGAUAGGAAAUCAUCGACGCCCGAUCCACAGCCGACCGAGUCUGCAGGGCGAAGGAUCGGUGCUAUUGGAAAGAGGAAACUCGACAAGGAACCAGAGUCUGCGGCCACUAGUAAAAGUCCAGAUGAUUCGGAAGAUGAAGAACAGCGAGCUGAGCGAAAACGAGCUGAACUGGCAAGAGAGCUCGAGCGCAAAGCCAAUGCCAAGCCAACAAAGAAGAAACGGAAGUUUUGA